CCCCCCUCCCGUCCCGUGGUUGAGAGGGGUUAAAUAGGAGUCGUCGCCGUCGAAGAUGCAGCUCUUGUCUCUUGCUCCCCCCAUCACAAAACAAAGCAAUAUAUACACAACAGGACCCUCCUCCUCCAUCCUCCCAGCACUUACACAAAUCCACAUAACACACCUCUUACCCACAUACCCACCAUGCCGCAAUUGAUCGACGCUGCCGAACUUAGGCGCCGCUGGACGGACAAGACCAACGCCGUUUUCAGCCCGCGCGACCGGCACGAGUCCACCGAGUACCCGGCGGUGGACUUCGAGCGCGAGUUCGACUUCGAGGACUGCCAGAGCAUCGUGUUCCUGCACGGCGAGCGGACCGGCAGCCCGACCGACGUCAUCCUGAUGACCCAGGGCUCGGGCCACAUGACGCUGCCGGCCAACGUGCAGGUGCUGGUGCAGUCGGGCUACUCCAAGUGCGAGCCCGCGCGUGGCUCCCUCUCUUCUGGCGGCUCGACCGUCGUCGGCGCCGGCAUCCGCGCCCCGCCCUCCAGCCGCGUCGGCGUCUCCACGGCCGCGGCCCCCGUCUCCCAAGCAGGCUAUGCCCGCUCCUCGGCCGACUCGGGCUACAGCGGCUCCGGCUUCGCCCGCGGGGGCAACGACGCCGCCUCCUUCAUGAUGCGCGGCAGCAGCGGCCUGGCUUUCAACGGCAGCCGCCCCAGCAGCGCCGAGUCCUCGGCCGGCGACUGGGAGAUCGUCGAGGAGAUGCCCGGCGCCGCCGGUGCUGGCAGCCGGUUCCGCGACGACGCCUGCAGCAUCGCCCCGAGCGAGAGCAUUUCCUCCGUCGGCAGCCGCGGUCGCUACGCCCGCGACUACUAGACGGAAAGGAUAGAUAAGUGGUAGUCGGAAGUUGUGUCACCUCUUGUGGCACUUGACAUCCCGCUAUCUUGGCAUUCAGACGGACGGGAGAUUGG